AUGGCAACAGUAAUUUCGCCAUCUUCAUCAACACUUGCAGAAACUUCAGAUGUGAAGAAAUCAACUGAUACUUCAGAUAUAACUUCAAUCCAGUCAGACAUAAGUACCACAGAGUCUUCAGAGCUUCCUACAACAUACUCAACUACUGAACCAUCAUUCUCCACCUUCUUCAGUUCCGCCAGCACAAACAGCGACAUCACAACAGAAGAGUCAGUGCCGUCAAGCACAGCAGAAACUACCAACACAGUGUCCUCAAUUACAACAGAAGACUUGACAAAAUCAUCGUCAACAUCAGACAGGACAACAUUUCCAAUUUCUCCUUCACUUAGUUCUACUGGAGGAACAGAAACUAUUUCCAAUCAUGUUCCAACAACUACAACCUCAGAUUACACAGCUCUUCCAAUAUUACAAUCUACAACUGACACUUCCACAGAGUUUCCAACAGAAAAGUCCUCUUCUUCUACGUCUGCCACAGCUUUUGAAACAUCAGAAACAACUGCACAGACAGAAGCAAUGACGUCUGUGGAAGUUUCAAAUACAGUGGCGGAAUCAACAACUCUGUCAUCCACGCCAAUGUCCCAACCUCAAACAAGUGAGCAAAUCAGUAACUCAAACCCAGCUAUGACUGAAACGCAAAGAGAAACUACAAUAACAACUGAACUUUCAACAGUUGAGACAACAUUCUUAGAUUCCACAGCUGUCAAUAAUUCAACAUCAGCUUUGCCAACUGUCAUUUUGCAGUCAUCAUCAACCCUUGCAGUAACUUCAAAUGUGGAGAAAUCAACUGAAACAUCAGAUAUAACUUCAACCCAGUCAGACAUAAGUACCACAGAGUCUUCAGAGCUUCCUACAACAUACUCAACUACUGAACCAUCAUUCUCCACCUUCUUCAGUUCCGCCAGCACAAACAGCGACAUCACAACAGAAGAGUCAGUGCCGUCAAGCACAUCAGAAACUACCAACACAGUGUCCUCAAUUACAACAGAAGACUUGACAGAAUCAUCGUCAACAUCAGACAGGACAACAUUUCCAAUUUCUCCUCCACUUAGUUCUACUGGAGGAACAGAAACAAUUUCCAAUCAUGUUCCAACAACUACAACCUCAGAUUACACAGCUCUUCCAAUAUUACAAUCUACAACUCACACUUCCACAGAGUUUCCAACAGAAAAGUCCUCUUCUUCUACGUCUGCCACAGCUUUUGAAACAUCAGAAACAACUGCACAGACAGAAGCAAUGACGUCUGUGGAAGUUUCAAAUACAGUGGCGGAAUCAACAACUCUGUCAUCCACGCCAAUGUCCCAACCUCAAACAAGUGAGCAAAUCAGUAACUCAAACCCAGCUAUGACUGAAACGCAAAGAGAAACUACAAUAACAACUGAACUUUCAACAGUUGAGACAACAUUCUUAGAUUCCACAGCUGUCAAUAAUUCAACAUCAGCUUUGCCAACUGUCAUUUUGCAGUCAUCAUCAACCCUUGCAGUAACUUCAAAUGUGGAGAAAUCAACUGAAACAUCAGAUAUAACUUCAACCCAGUCAGACAUAAGUACCACAGAGUCUUCAGAGCUUCCUACAACAUACUCAACUACUGAACCAUCAUUCUCCACCUUCUUCAGUUCCGCCAGCACAAACAGCGACAUCACAACAGAAGAGUCAGUGCCGUCAAGCACAGCAGAAACUACCAACACAGUGUCCUCAAUUACAACAGAAGACUUGACAGAAUCAUCGUCAACAUCAGACAGGACAACAUUUCCAAUUUCUCCUCCACUUAGUUCUACUGGAGGAACAGAAACAAUUUCCAAUCAUGUUCCAACAACUACAACCUCAGAUUACACAGCUCUUCCAAUAUUACAAUCUACAACUGACACUUCCACAGAGUUUCCAACAGAAAAGUCCUCUUCUUCUACGUCUGCCACAGCUUUUGAAACAUCAGAAACAACUGCACAGACAGAAGCAAUGACGUCUGUGGAAGUUUCAAAUACAGUGGCGGAAUCAACAACUCUGUCAUCCACGCCAAUGUCCCAACCUCAAACAAGUGAGCAAAUCAGUAACUCAAACCCAGCUAUGACUGAAACGCAAAGAGAAACUACAAUAACAACUGAACUUUCAACAGUUGAGACAACAUUCUUAGAUUCCACAGCUGUCAAUAAUUCAACAUCAGCUUUGCCAACUGUCAUUUUGCAGUCG